UGGUUGAACGCCCAAAACAUGAAAUUUGAUUCUAGCGAAAUCUAACUCCUCCUGGCUUGAAGCGAGGAAUCGAAUUGUUUGGAGUUUAUAGUGUCCGUUAUCACAAAAAAAUGGAUUCCAAACUACUCGGCGCGCUGUGUUUUAUGCUCACAGUCCCAUUAGUUUCUGGGUUAUCCUGUAUACAAUGUCAGAAUACAGAGGGCUUUGGUAUGUGCAUGAAAUAUAGAGCAUUUGUCGAAUGCGAGGGCUGGCAGGAUCGAUGCUACAAAGCGUCUGUGGACACGUGGUACGAAGGAGAUCCUGUUCUGUUAUUUGGGCGUGGCUGCACCUCUGCCUCUGAGUGUAACGACAAAAAAGUCGAUGUGUGCAAGGGGGGCAAAGGCCAGGACUACCCGUUUGACCAUCAAUGCGAUGUUUACUGCUGUUCCGGAGACUACUGCAACAGUGCCUCGUUACCUGCGGUCAGCGCUAUAAUCUUGGCGGCAUGCGCACUUCUAACUAUCGUUCUUCUCUAAAGAUGAUGUGAGAGUUAAAAAAGAAAAGGAACAUGUUUUACUUCUGAUGAGAGACUCGAGAUUGUGGAUAUAAAGACUCCUUCUCAUGAAGGGGCAGCUUUGCCUGCAAGAGUAAAGUUUUAAGAACUAAGCCUUGCGUUUGUUUGUUUGAAGCUGUUUACAAGUCGAUCUAUUGAUAGGGAAUAUCAGAGCAGGGAAAAGAAUCCAUGUGUUGUACAUAGACUAGACAUUUUUUUUCUACGAUUGUUUAGUCUGGAAAGCGUGUCAGGAAUUUUAUCCACUGUAACUAUAUCAUGGGAAGAUCAAUGUAAUAAUACAAAAUCCACGUUAAGCGGAAUAUUUAAAUGAUUCAAAUAAUUCAACGUUCCCUGCUAGCAGAGGCCUCUUUUCUCUGUAUUUCGCUGGGAUGGCCUCGCGAACGCCAGCCCAGCGAAAUACAGGGAAAAGAGGCCUCUGCUAGCAGGGAAAAUUCAGCGCCGUUCAUCGAACAGUACCCUAGCGACCUCCAAUGUAAUAACACCAUACUAAUGGAUUUUAUAGACUUGUUUGUGGCAGGGAAAUUUCAGUAUUUUAAUGGUUUUAUUAAAAUAAAAAAAGUAUUUUAUCA